GAACCAUCUGCUGCGUUUUACGUUUCUUGUAUAAAUAGGAGAUUGCUAUCAGCUGGUGUUGCAUUAGAACCCUUGCAGCCAAGAUGGAGAAAAUAAUCUUGCUAUUGGCCAUCUGCGGUCUUCUCUUCAGCAUUCCAGCGAAUGCACAAGCAUGCACGAUGCCCUUCGAACCCAUAGGGACCCAGUGCCUCUACGUAGACUCCCUGGAACAUGGGAGCUUCUACGACAUGAGGCUCUACUGCGCCAAGCAGGGCACCGGAGGUAAACUAGUCAAGAUCCCGGAUGCUUCGCAACUCGAAGCUAUCAUCACAUACAUCCUCGACAAAGGCCUAGAUCACUACCACUACUGGAUAGACGCCACAGAUGAAGACCACGAGGGUGUUUUCACCUGGGGGGACGGAACACUUGUGCCCGAGGGAGCACCCUUUUGGAAAUACGACUGCGACGGGGCAUUCACCCUGAGGCCCCACAUAGAUGGCAACAGCAACUGCGCCAUACUGGACAGCGAGUACUACUUCCUUCUGUCAGACACUUCCUGUCUGGGAGAUGUCGGGGAGAUUCAAUACAGUCCCAUUUGUGAGCAGGUGUGAAGACAUCAAUAAGAAUUGUUUCAUUGUCUGCAUUAACUUUAUGCUAGUCUUAUUGCAUUAUUUUGAUUUUUGAUCCAAUUACUUUCUUUUUUUUUGUAUCUAAAAUAAACAGGAUUACAGUUCA